AUGGCGGAGAGUGCUGUGAGCUACUUAAUACAAUACUUGGCAACUUUGCUGGUGGAGGAAGCUUUGUCAUUGAAGAGGGUUGAUAGAGAAGUCCGUGAAAUCAGAGAUGAGUUAGAGAGCAUCAGAUCCUUCUUACGGGAUGCCGAUGCAAGACAAGACACCGAUGAAGGGCUCAAAACGUGGUUGAAACAAGUAAGAGAAGUCGCCUACAAUGUUGAGGAUGUUCUUGAUGAGUUCAUGCUCGGCCUAGCACAAGAGCAGCAUGGCACUCAGGGAUGUUUCAAUUUUCUUCCUAGACUCAUCAAGCGGUUGAAAGUGCGCCAUCAGAUUGCAUCCUCGAUACGAGAUAUCAAGACCCAAAUCCAUAAGAUUGCAGAAAGAAAAGAUGCUUAUGCUCUCACUAGGAUCGAGCAAGGUGGUUCAAGCUACAACAACAUAACUGAUUCAUGGUAUGAUCGUCGACUGGAUGCUCUUUUCAUUGAGGAAGCUGAUCUUGUGGGCAUCGAUGCACCAAAGCGCCAAUUGAUGGGAUGGUUAGUCAAUAGAGAUUUGAGACUCUCAACGAUUUCUGUGGUUGGGAUGGGUGGCCUUGGCAAGACUACUCUCGUAAAGAAAGUCUAUGAUAGCCAACAAGUGAAGAAGAGUUUCGAAACAUAUGCUUGGAUCACUGUCUCUCAGUCAUUCAAAGAAGAUGAUAUUCUUCGAAGCAUGAUAAAGCAAUUCUUAGAAGCGAACAAAGAUCCAUCUCCCCAAGGAGUAGAUGCGAUGACACAGGUCGAGCUAAUCCAAGUCCUAAGAAGCUACUUGCAAAACAAAAGGUAUGUACUUGUUCUUGAUGAUGUAUGGGGUACUCAUGUAUGGAAUCUCAUUAGAAAUGGGUUACCCAAUAGCGAAUGUGGUAGCAGGGUAAUGAUCACCACACGCAAAGGUGAUGUUGCAUCAUCUUCUUGCGUCAGACUCUCUGAUCAUAUCUACAAUCUUCAACCUCUGCAUCCAAGAGAGGCUUGGUCCCUGUUUUGUAAGAAGACCUUCUACUCGCACGACGAGAAUAGUUGCCCUCCUGAAUUGGAGAAACUUUCUCAAUGCUUUGUAGAUAAAUGCCGAGGAUUACCGCUUGCAAUUGUCACAUUAGGUAGUCUUCUAUCAAUCAAGGACAAGACGUAUGUCGAGUGGGAGAUGAUUCACCGUAGCCUUCGAUCGGAGCUUGAAAAUGAUGACAAUCUUAGAAGCAUGAUGAAAAUAUUAUUGCUCAGUUUAAAUGACUUGCCUUACUAUCUGAAAUCAUGCUUCUUGUAUUUGAGUAUUUUCCCCGAAGAUUAUGCCAUUAAGCGUAUGAAACUAAUUCGACUAUGGAUAGCCGAGGGUUUUGUAGAAAGAAAUGAAUGCAGGUCAAUGGAAGAGGUUGCUGAAAGUUACCUCAAUGCACUUAUCGCUAGAAAUCUCGUUCUAGUGGCAAGACAGAAAUAUGGGAAGGUGAUUACUUGUCGCAUCCAUGAUCUCGUGCGGGAGAUCAUUAUUUCAAAAUCCGGGGAGGAGCAUUUCUUUGCAUCUUUGGUUGAACAGAACACAUUACCAUCUAACAGAAUCAGGCGUCUGUCCAGUUGCAAUGGUGGUGAGAAUUUUUCAAAAUAUGGGGGAUUCUCUCGUCUUCGCUCUUUGUUCAUUUUCGGGGUGGAUCGGUUACCUAACAACCCUACAAUCACAUCAUUUUCCAGCUUAAGGUUGUUGAAGGUGGUCCAUCUUGAAAAUGUGACCAUGGAAAUAUUUCCUGAUGAUCUAACAGGCUUGUUGCAUUUGAGAUACCUAAGCUUGGAGAAUACAAAGAUAAAAAAGCUUCCUAGUUCAUUGGGGAAGCUAAAGAACUUAGAAACAUUGAAUCUUAAGGGCACCUUUGUACAUGAAUUGCCGGUUGAGAUUCUCGAGCUCGAGUGUCUCCGCCACCUCCUUGUUUAUCGUUAUCGAAGGACACGGUUUCAUGUGCCAUUUACUGAUGUGGAUGGAAUUAAGGUGCCUGCUGGAAUGGGGAGUCUUAGAUCCCUACAGAAGUUGGCAUACAUAGAAGCGGAGAGUGGAAUCAUUAGAGAGCUUCAGAAUCUCACCCAAUUGAGGAAGUUAGGUAUUAUCAAGCUAAGAGUGGAAGAUGGGAAUGAUUUAUGCACUUCCAUUGAGAAGAUGAAUCACCUUCACUCCUUUUCCGUGACAUCAAUGGAUGAGGAUGAGGUUCUUGACUUGCAUUAUAUAUUUCAUCCUUUGCUGCCUCUUCAACAUCUUUAUUUGAGAGGGCGUUUGGAGAAAUUACCUGAAUGGAUUGCCUUGCUCCGCAAUCUGGUUGCCAUUCGUCUGAGAUGUUCUAGAUUGAGGGAUGACCCACUCAAAGCUCUUCAAUCACUGCCCAAUUUGGCGGACCUCACGCUAUGGCGAGCUUAUGAUGGAGAAGAGUUAUGUUGCGAGGGAAGAGGAUAUCCAAGACUUAAGCUAUUACGGCUCGUUGAGUUGAGGGGAUUGAAGAAGGUGAGAGUAGAGAAGGGAGCAAUGUCUUGCCUUGAAGACCUACGUAUUAGAUGUUGCGAAGAAUUGGUGGAGGUGCCGUUGUGGAUCGAACACCUCACUAACCUCAAAAAUCUCUUCCUGGUGGACAUGUCGGAGGAUUUCUUGAAGGGGCUAAGAAAGGAUGGAGUUGAAGAGUUGGUGGAUUCCAUUCAGCACAUCCCACUCAUUCGAUGUUUUGACACUCAUAAAGGGACUCGCUGGGACUUGUUAUGA